AUGGAGCUGAGGAAGAGCGCGGAACGGCUCCCAGGGCGAGCGGUGGCUCUCAUCCUGCUGCUCCUUUGCGUGUCGGGGAUGAGAACAGAAACCGCCCUGUACUCGGUGCCCGAAGAGGUGGAAAGAGGCUCCUUUGUGGCGAAUAUCGCUAAGGAUUUGGGACUGACCGGUGAGGAAUUAUCGGCUCGACAGGCUCGGCUCGUUCCUGAAGGAGAAAAGCAGUAUUUACAGCUGAACCAACACACCGGGGAUUUGGUGGUGCGAGAGCAGAUGGACCGGGAGGAGCUGUGCGGGCAGACUGAGCCCUGCCUGGUGCGUUUCGAGGUGCUGCUGGAGAGCCCACUGCAGUCCUUCCGAGCUGAGGUAAGCCUCACCGACAUAAAUGAUCAUGCUCCCGUGUUCUUAAAUAAAGAGAUAGUUUUAAAGAUCCCGGAAAGUGCAAUGCCGGAGGCUCGAUUUUUGUUGGAAAGCGCUCAGGAUCCAGAUGUGGGGAACAACAGUCUUCAGCAUUACAAUAUCAGCUCGAACGACUAUUUCCAUAUCUGCACCCGGAGGCGGAGUGAUGGCAGGAGGUACGCCGAGCUGGUGUUGGACCGAGCCCUGGACCGGGAGCAGCAGGCAGAAGUGGCUUUCAGUGUCACGGCUGUGGACGGUGGGUCUCCACCGCGCUCUGGUACAGCCUUAAUCCGCGUGGUAGUCCUGGAUACAAAUGACAACAUCCCGGCAUUUAGCCGUAGUCUGUAUAAAGUCCGAGUAUUAGAAAACAGCGCCGAGGAUACCCCAGUGGUGGUGGUGUCUGCUAGCGAUUUAGACUCAGGAACGAACGGGGAAAUAGCUUAUUCCAUAGUUCAAAACUCAGAGGAAAAUCUCCAGACGUUUAAAAUCAAUCCAGAGACAGGGCAGAUUGGACUCAAAAAGACGGUGGAUUAUGAAGAAACAAAGACCUACGAGAUAGACGUCCAGGCCACAGACGGAGGGGGCCUGUUCGCGCACUGUAAGGUGGAGGUGCAGGUGGAGGACGUGAACGACAACGCCCCCGAGGUGAUCAUCACCUCCCUCACCAGCACCCUCUCGGAAGCCGCCCCGCCGAACACCGUGGUGGCCCUCUUCAACGUGCGGGACCGGGACUCAGGGGACAACGGCAGGACGAGCUGCGAGCUGCCGGGCGAGCAGCCCUUCAGCAUCACGCCGCUGGCGGCCGACGCGUACGCACUGGUGACAUCGGAGGCGCUGGACCGGGAGGAGGUGGCGGAGUACAACGUGACGGUGCGGGCCCGCGACGAGGGCUCCCCCGCGCUCUCGGCGUCCAAGACGCUGCUCGUGCGGCUCUUGGACGUGAACGACAACGCGCCCACCUUCGCCCAGGCAGUUUACACCAUGGUGCUGAGCGAAAACGAGCCCGCGGGGACAAGCCUGGGCCGUCUGAGCGCCACGGACGCGGACGCGGGAAAAAACGCCCGCGUGAGAUACGCGCUGGAGCCGCCCCCGCCGGGCGCCCCUGCCGCUGCAUCCUUCGUGUCCGUGGACACGGAGAGUGGAACCGUGCGGGCGCUGCGCCCGCUGGACUACGAGGAGGUGCGCGCCUUCGAGGUGGCGGUGCGCGCUACCGACGGCGCCGCGCUCGGCGAGAGGGAGGGCGCCCGCCCGCCGCCGCGCCGCCGUGCUGCCGGGCGCCGCUUUCCGCGGAGGAUCCGCGAGACGGAGGCUGUCCGCCGCCCCGACAUGGCGAUCGCAAGGCAAGUGCUUUGUCUCUCUGCUUUCCUCUCCCUGCCGCACGCUCGCGCCGAGCCCAUGCGCUACUCCGUAGCCGAGGAGGCGGAGAGCGGCUCCGUGGUAGCCAACGUGGCGGAGGACGCGGGGCUGGCCCCGGCGCAGCUCUCGGCUCGCCGCGCCCGCCUGGCCUCGGAGGACGGCCGGCAGCACUUUCGCUUAGACCGCGGCACCGGCCGCCUCGUAGUGGCGGAGAGGCUGGACCGGGAGGAGCUGUGCGGGCAGGCCGGUACCUGCACGCUCCCCUUCGAGCUGCUGCUGGCAAACCCCCUGCAGUUCUUUCGGGUCGAGGUGGCCGUGGAGGACAUCAAUGACCAUUCGCCCGUUUUCCCGGAGGAGCGAGUCACUUUUACGAUCCCGGAAACGAGCAACCCGGGCUCGCGUUUCCCGCUGGAGGGGGCUCGGGACCUGGAUGUUGGCAGCAACAGCAUCCAGGCUUACAGCAUCGCUCCCGAGAACGAGUACUUUGCUGUCUCCUUUGGGAGUCGGAGUGAGGACGACAAGUAUAUUGAACUGGUCUUGGAAAAGGCGCUGGACAGAGAGGAGCAGGCGGAGCUGGCUUUCAGUCUCAUUGCCGUGGACGGAGGCUCUCCGCCCAGGAGCGGGACCACCCAAAUCCGCAUUGUCGUUCUAGAUGUCAAUGACAACGCUCCGGUUUUCACACAGAAGGUGUACGUUGGGCAGGUUUUGGAAAACGCGCCAGAGGGCUCUGUGGUUCUCAGCGUGGUGGCAAGCGAUCGGGAUGUGGGAGCUAACGGGGACAUCGCCUAUCAGUUCAGCCAAGCAGUGGGCCAGAGCCCCUCGGCAUUCGCAAUUGACCCCACGAGCGGUGAAAUUAAACUCACGAAGCCUCUGGACUUUGAGGCGGCAGAGAAUCACGAGCUCAGUGUGCGGGCCACAGACGGCGGGGGCCUCUCGGCAAUCUGCAAGGUGUUGGUGGAGGUGGUGGACGUGAAUGACAAUGCACCGGAGCUGGUGGUCAGUUCCUUCAGCAGCCCCCUCCCCGAGAACGCAUUACCCGGGACAGUGGUCGCCCUCUUUACCGUCAGGGACCGGGAUGCCGGUGCCAACGGGAAGAUCUCCUGUGCCCUUGAGGACCAGCUGUUGUUCUCCCUGCGGCCGGCCUAUAAGAAUUACUACGAGCUGGUGACCGUGAGCGCUCUGGACCGGGAGGAGACGGCUGCUCACAAGUUGAUCCUGACAGCCACAGACAGCGGGAGUCCUGUGAAAUCGGGAUCGACAACAAUCCAAAUCAUUGUGUUAGAUGGAAAUGACAAUGCUCCGGAAUUUACUCAGCCCGUUUAUAAGGUGACCGUGAGAGAGGACGUGGCCGUGGGAAGUCGGGUAUUGCAGGUCACAGCGACUGACAGAGACGAGGGGCCAAACGCCGAGGUGAAGUACUCCUUCUUUAAAAUCCCGGAGAAGUUCGACAAGACUUUUAAGCUGGAUCCGGGAAGUGGAGAAAUUGAGAUAACAGAGAAGCUGAAUUUCGAGGAACAGGAGUUUUACGAAUUGGAUGUGCAAGCCCGGGACGCGGGCGGACUCUCGUCCCACAGCAAGGUUCUCAUCACGGUCGCUGAUGUGAAUAACCACGUCCCCGAGAUUGUCAUUAUGUCUGUGUUCAGUCCGGUCCCAGAAGAUACACCGCUGGGGACAGUCAUCGCAAUUUUCAACGUCCAAGACAGGGACUCGGGGGCGAACGGCGAG